AUGUGCCAUCCUCAGACAGAGCAAGUAGCAAAGAAGAUCGAGCUCGAGCGGUUCCCCACACUGCUAGUAGAAAAGAAGUUCGAGUCCCUGGAGUGCCAGUCAACCAUCGACGGCCAAACCGCCGCCACGACCAUGAGCGACACCGUCGUCAUCACCGUCGCCGUCGACAACUCUACUGUCGGCGAGAGGGGCGCCAUCCAAUGGCCUGCCACCCGCAAGGGGCUGCAGACUGGCACACCAUCGGCUGAUGGGAUUGAGAGCGUGAUGUUCACGUACCGAUUCAUGGAGGACCGGCCGGGCACGUACCACACUUGCGACGACCAAGACCCGACCACAGUGUUCACCGACGUGCAGGAAAGCAAAGCUGGGUCGACCUAUUCGGAACACGAUGCAGUCAACGUGCCACACGGAGACGACCGAGAAGUCAUGGCGUACACCCCAGGAGGCAGGGGCCAUGCCGCCCUUGCAAGCUCAAAAGCACAACUCAUGGCCGGUAACUCUGUUAUCUAUCACAAUGACGAAGGCCCGGUCGAGCGGCUCCUUCGGUGGGUUGCUGGUAUAUGCUGGGGCAGGGACCAUGCCGUCUAUGCGUGCCCCGAAGCGCAACUCAUGGCCGAUUGUCCUGUCAUUCACCUCAAUGACGAAGGCCCGAUUGGGUGGCUUCUCCGGUGAUCCCAAUACUGUCAUGUGCCUUAGAGGAGAUAACCCGUUAAACUUGAGGUUUGGAGGUUGAGCAAACCCUCGUGUCACACGAGGUUCCGGCUUCCCUCCAUCAUGAGUUAAUACAACUCUCUUUCCCCAUCU